AUGAGGUAUUUGGGUCCGCCAGUGGACAUGUGGGCAAUGGGAGUCCUGCUGUAUUACAUGCUGAUGGGCUUCCUGCCCUUUCGUGGUCGAACGGUGGGACAGUUACGCAAACUCAUCCUCGAGACUAGUGCCAGUGGCACAUUUCCAGUGCCUCCACGAGUGUCGGAGGGAGCGGCAGAGUUGAUUCGCAAGCUGCUUUCACGUAAUCCCAAGAGUCGCCCACGUGCCGCCAAGUUGAUUGAGGAGGCCACCAAGGCUUCAGCUCUAAUUCGUCCUCUGUCGAUGGAUCGAAUGGUUGCUGUUGGCAGUGCCUCAUCCUCGUGGUGCUGUAGGAGUGAGCCCUGGUUGGCUCAUCAAGUCUUUCCCACUCCCUAUCCCAAAGUCUUCACUACGCAGUCUGUUGGCGGUUUGGGUGGCUACUUACUUCUGGCAGACGCCGGUAGAAAGGCCUCCCAAAUCAUCCUUUCCACUACUGGUAAGGGGAGGUCGUCUCCACCAUCAGUGACCAAAGCGAGUGCAGAGACAAGUCCUCAACACAGACCGACACCACGAAUCGACAUAACUCGUGCCGACUCAACUGCCAACGUCUCAGUUAGUGGUGAAUCCACCGCUACAGCAUCGAAGGCUCUGACGCAUUUGAGUGCUUCUGAGGAGGCUAUUGCGCAAUCGGAGAUUGAGGCAGCUAAACUACUGCUUCAGUUGGGAAUCUCCUCUGAUCAUCUCUCUGUGCCACGCAACAAUGAUGCCAGGAAUUCGAUCAGUGGGGCUUACCGAAUAAUGCUACAUCAAUUGCAAAGGUAUCGGAGGCUCAGCAACCUGCCUCCUUUCCAAGGCGGGAACAACAGCAACAGUGGAUCGGUGGAAGCGGCGUCGGUGGAGGGGGCCAAAUCCCCUACCUCCAAACAGAAAGUGAGAAUGAAGAAGUCUGCUUCAGACAUACCUCCUACCUCAUCGCAUCGAAAAAGCGCAGACAAGUCCUGUUCCCUCUUAUAA